AUGUUGGUACAAGUAACUUUGCAGGUGCUAUGGAAAAUGCAGGGAACAGGAUGCAAUCCUGGCUCAAACCUUUUUCGUUUAAAACAUGUUGGAGUACUCAAUGACUCUCCUAACAAAAAUACGAUGUUCUACGUAAAGACUCGACUAAUGUUACAAGAUCAGGCGACACUAGCUUCAGCGCAAGAAGCAGUCAGCAGCACCCAGCGCGUUGGACUAAGUAAUUUACUGGGCGAAUUGGGAGGUUUAUUAGACGGACUGUUAGGUCUUGAUGGUAAUCUUAAAGUUGGCGGAGGUAGCCUGCUUGACGCCAAUAUCAAAACAACGAUUGGCAGAAAGAAGCGUGGUCUCUUGGGUGGUCUCUUAGGAGGAUCUUCUCAUUCACCGUGUGUUAAUGGUGUCUUAAUAAAAUAUGGAAUCCAUAUCAAUUGGUUCACACCAAACUGGGAUCAACCAGGUUUAGCUAAAACGCAAUGUGAUCGUGUUGAAGACAGACCAGUGUCACGGUAA